AUGCUCCGCUGCACCAUCUUUGACUCAACCGGUUCAGCCACUUCUACAUCCGGCGUGUUCAAAAAGUCCCGCCUCUGCUCCGAUCACGGUCUCGAACCACGCGAUCUCCGCAAGAUCGAUUCUCGCGUCCCCAACUUGGUCCCCACCAUCCUCGCGCGAAGAGGCGGCAUCCUCGUCAACAUCCUCCACAUUCGAGCCAUGAUCAAGAGGGACAAAGUUUUGCUCUUCGACAGCUACGGGAGCACCGACAGUCAGCUACACUCGGCAUUCGUGUACAACCUCCAGCACAACUUGAGACCUCUUCACCAUCAGCCUCAACAUCACGGCAGUGGCGGCAGCAGCAGCAGCUCUUCAGCGGCCGGAUCGGGUGGUUUGGCGUACGAGUUCAGAGCGCUGGAGAGCAUCCUGGUUUCCGUCCUGGAUGCAUUGCGGAUCGAGCUGGGUGUGGUGAGGGGGUGGACGAGUGGAGUGUUGGAACAAUUGGAUGACGAUGUGGAUCGGGAAAAGUUGAGGACGCUGUUGCAAGUGUCGAGAAAGUUGAACGCGUUCUUGAGCAGAAGCAAAGCGGUCAAGAACGCGGUGGUGGAAGUGUUGGAGAACGAAGAGGAUAUGCAGUUGAUGUACCUUUCCGCCGCUCCGCCCAGUAACAACGCCAACAACUCGUCAUCAACCUCGACCACUUCAACAUCCUCCGCCCUCUCAAAUGCCUCAUCUUCCAACAACAGCGACAACGCGGCAGAGACGAACGAUUCCCAACCCAUGGACGAACUAGAGCUUCUGCUGGAAUCCUUCGACAAGCAGGUGGAAGAAGUCGUCGCUGAAACCACCCAGCUGCACUCGGAUAUCACCAACACGCAAGAAGUCGUGGAGCUCAUCCUCGACAACAACCGAAACAAGCUGCUCGCACUCGAUCUGAAAACCAGCAUCGCGACCAUGGGCAUCUCCGCGGGCACACUGUGGGCCGGACUGUUCGGGAUGAAUUUGAAGAGCCAUAUGGAGGAGCUGGAUUGGGCGUUUGCGGUGGGCCGGCUGGCAACGGUUUCGGUGCCCAACCCAACUUUUCGCCACAUGGAGAACCGCAGCAGCAGCAGGCUUCGUCGUGGUUGCCACACGGCGUCCACCCUUUCCCUCCAGAACCUGUCGUCGACACACCGUCGAACACCAACCCGAGCCGUCAACCCGUGUCGUCCACAGCGACGGCGAAAGGUUCGCAGCAAGCAGCAGAAGAGGUGGCCGAGGCAUCGGCUGCAUCGGCCGCAGCGGGGAAAACCUCGACGCCAAUCAGAUCUUGAUCGGACCAUCGUUGGGGCAACUGAUGUAAUCCACCUUUGUGAUUCCAUCCUUACCGGCCACCAGCACAUCCGCACAUCCCGGAUGACCCUGCUGAUACCCCGCCCACACUGUGAUCGUAUCUCCGCCACGUGUCACCACCUGUGCUCGGGUGGUGCUGUCCCACACGACAAGUACGAACUGCGAAUCGUUGUCCGGGUUGGGAAACACAGAGUAGGUGCCCUGUGUGGGUAG